AUCAGCAAAGACAACACUUAUAGGAAAAGAGAAAGAGAAGCGUAUUUUUGGGGGAGGGGGGAGGGGGGCGUCGGAGGCGCUGUGAGUUGUUUAUGAUACUCUUUAAAGAGGUAGGGCUUCUUCAUGUCUUGUAAAUGUCACUUCUUGCAGGAAGAGCAGAGGACAGAGUGAGAACCCCCCCCCCCCUUCCCACUAAAAUCCGAUUAUGAAGUAGGUAAUAUACUCAUUGAACAUUUAUCAGCAAAAUUAUGUAAUAUGUCAACCCUGUCAUAUUAAAUAUUACUACAGUGUUAUUAGAAAGCUAGUAAGAAAACCCAGAGCAGUUGUGCUCAGUUUCCACUGACAACGUUUUGGAAGGCUUCCCCCUAGUAACUUUCCACUCGCCUCUUUUUUCCCCCACAUCUGUUUCCGAUGUUAUUACAGCAACAUGCCGCCUCCCCCAGCUGUCUUCAGACGAAACCCAUUCCUACGCACCGGCAACAACGAACCUGGUCAGGACUAUAAGGAGACUAACCUGCAAGGAGAAAGUGCAGCUAACUACACAGAAGGUUCAGUAUGUCAAGCCCAACACCAGCUGAAGAUGAGGUGCCAGCAAUCCAAACAGGCCCCAAGGGUGUAAUCAAUGACUGGAGGAAGUUCAAGUGUGAGGACCAGGACACCCCUCCCAGCAAGAAGGCGCUCCUCAGACAGAUAUCCAACCCCCAGAGCGAUGACGUCCACGACAGACUCAACCGCAAGAUGAGUGUCCAGGAGUACGAGAUGAUCGCAGAGGAGGAUGAGAAGGGCCUGCGAAAGUACCGCAAGCAGUGCAUGAAGGAGAUGCACGAGCGAUUCAGCUUUGGGCCGACGUUUGACAGCGUGGUGGAGCUGGACAAUGGCGAGGCCUUCCUGGAGGUCAUUGAGAAGGAGCACCGGCUCACCCUGGUAGUCGUCCACAUCUACAAGGACGGUGUCAAAGGUUGCGAGGCGCUCAACUCCUGCCUAGAUUGCCUGGCCACCGAGUACCCCAGCAUCAAGUUCUGCCGCAUCGAGGCGGCCGCAACGGGUGCAAGCGAGCGCUUCUCAGACGACGUGCUGCCCGCCAUGCUGGUUUACAAGGCAGGCGAGCUACUAGGAAACUUCCUGUCCAUGACACAGCACCUCAGCGAGGAGUUCUUCGCCGCCGAUAUCGAGGCGUUCCUCAAUGAAUACGGCCUCCUGCCCGAGAAGGAGUUUGUGGCCUGUCCUGAUGAGGAGGAGGCAGGUGUUGAGGUGGAGUAAGUUUUUUUUUUUAUAUAGGGAGUCAGUGACAGUCAGUGCACAUCUCUGGACCCAUUAGCCUACUGUAAAUGCAAUAUUUUUAAACAGCCUCCAGUCAGCUUCAGUUUACCACAGGCAGUGUCCAUUAACUUGAGAAAAGCUACAGAUUUCAAACAGACAUUAUUAGCUCAAUAUGUAUCACUACGUAAUGCUUUUUUUCUUUUCUUUUUAAACAUUGUAUUGGUAUAUGAUUGAUAAGUAUAUGACAAUGCAAUCUUUGUGUAAGGUUGUGUUGGCGUCACAGUAUGUGAUCCGGUUAGAGUAAUGCAUCCCAUUUUAUGGUUGGAGUAAUGCACCCCAUUUUAUGGCUUAGGUUUGUUUAUCACCAUUGGCCCAAUGUCAUUGUAUUUUCUGCUAUAUUUUCAUGAUGUUUGAAAUCUAAAAGGGAUAAAGUGUUAACCCCAAGUCAGUCAUUAAAAGCAGUAU